UGCGGGCAAACCAACUUUUCGUGGUGGCUUGUAUGCUUCCACAAUUUUAACAUGAACUCCAUCCAUGUACGAUGCGACAGAAUCACAUUGUGCCGAAAUUGAGGACCGAGCCAUAAUAGCGGUAAAAAUGAUAAAUGAAUAUAAACAUGAGCGAAAGUACCGAUGUGAGAAACAAUGAAGAAGACAAUGCUGUAGUCACUUGGACAGAUUUGGGUAUAGUAGAAACCCUAUGUAAAGCUUGUGAAGAUUUGAAAUGGGAGAAACCAACUAAAAUCCAAAAAGAAGCAAUUCCUUUAACACUUCAGGGUAAAGAUGUAAUAGGCCUGGCAGAAACUGGAUCUGGUAAAACAGCAGCUUUUGCACUUCCUAUAUUACAAGCUUUAUUAGAAAGCCCUCAAAGAUAUUUUGCUUUAAUAUUAACACCUACCAGAGAAUUAGCAUUUCAAAUCUCAGAACAAUUUGAAGCAAUAGGUUCAAGUAUAGGUGUAAAAUGUGCAGUAAUAGUUGGUGGUAUGGACAUGAUGUCACAGGCUCUAAUAUUGGCAAAAAAGCCACAUAUACUUAUUGCUACACCUGGAAGAUUAGUUGAUCACUUAGAAAAUACUAAAGGCUUUAAUUUACGUUCUUUAAAAUUUCUGGUAAUGGAUGAAGCAGAUCGUAUUUUAAAUAUGGACUUUGAAGUUGAAGUCGAUAAAAUUUUGAGAGUUAUUCCGCGUGAAAGGCGAACACUAUUAUUUUCUGCCACAAUGACAAAAAAAGUACAGAAGCUGCAACGAGCUUCUUUGAGCAAUCCAGUUAAAGUUGAAGUAUCUACUAAGUAUCAAACAGUUGAUAAAUUACAACAAUAUUAUAUAUUUAUACCAGUCAAAUUCAAGGACGUAUAUCUGGUACAUAUCUUAAAUGAAUUAGCUGGUAAUAGUUUCAUGAUAUUCUGUGCAACUUGCAAUAAUACAGUAAGAACAGCAUUACUAUUACGUAAUUUAGGAUUUACGGCUGUACCUUUACAUGGGCAAAUGUCACAAAAUAAAAGGAUUGCAGCUCUUACAAAAUUUAAAGCUAAGAAUAGAUCUAUACUUAUCUCUACAGAUGUUGCUAGUAGAGGUCUCGAUAUUCCCCAUGUUGAUAUAGUAAUAAAUUUUGAUAUACCUACGCAUAGUAAAGAUUAUAUACACAGAGUUGGUCGAACUGCACGUGCAGGUCGUUCAGGGCGCUCAGUUACAUUUGUAACACAAUAUGAUGUUGAACUUUAUCAAAGAAUAGAACAAUUAAUUUCAAAACAAUUACCUCUUUAUGAAACAGAAGAGCAAGAAGUAAUGCUACUACAAGAAAGGGUAGCAGAAGCUCAACGUAUCGUAAAAAUGGAAUUAAAAGAUUUAGAGGAUAAUAAAAAGUCCGGUAAACGAAAAAAACGUGCAAAUAUAGACAAUGAGGAUGAUACGGAACAAUCAUUCGGAGUUAGGAAGAGAAUAAAAGGCAAGGGAAAAGGAAAGGGAAAGGGAAAAGGUAAAUGAUUUUAAAGGAACGAGAUAUUGAGGUCAAUUAUGUUGAAGUAACAAGCAAAUUAUGUUUAAGUAACACUCGUGUCUUAAUAAAUAAUGCAAACGCGACAUAAAACUUUUA